AUGUUGCAGUUGGUGGUGCUUUUGUUGGUGUUCACACCUAUGUUGGUGUCCAAGGAUUUACGUACCAAGCGCAUGCAAGACGCCGCAGAGGUGCCCAAUACUGCAGCGCCGUAUAUGGCGUCGCUGCACGUCACUUUCAAGUCGGGUGAGAAGUUUGUGUGCGGCGGAUCCAUCAUCACAGUAAGGGCCAUACUCACCGCUGCGCAUUGCUUAAAGAAGGAUCUGAAACCGACGCAACUGAGAGCGGUCGUCGGAACUGAACAGCUAGACUCCGGUGGCCAGUCCUACGGGAUCGACAAAAUAGUGUCCCAUGAGAAAUAUCUCGAAGGAGACUCCAAUGCAAACGAUAUAGCGAUUAUGUUCACUGAUAAGGAUAUACAGUUCAGUGAUAGAGUGCAACCUGUAGAGCUGAACGAUGAGCCCCCGAAGGUGGGAGAGGAGUUGAGGGUCUCGGGAUGGGGCGAGAUUUACGAGGAUGGGCCGUUAUCGAACGACCUAUUGGAGCUGAGAGUGAAGGUAGUCCGUUGCCCAAAAGGCGUAGCGGAAUACUCAGACACCAUGAUCUGUGCCAAACCCGGGCCAGGACAAGGCAUUUGCUCGGGUGAUUCUGGUGGACCUUUGGUUGACUUAAAAGGUGAAAGACAGGUAGGAAUCGUAUCGGCUGGGCCUACGCCGUGUGCUACAGGAUUUCCAGACCAGUAUACAAGUGUACACGCCCUUUUACCUUGGAUAAAGAAGACAUUGCUUGAUAAUGAUCAUGAUAGUAAUGAUUACGAUGGCAACGAAUCUCUUGAUAAUGAUAAACAAGAUCAACAGAAUACUACUGAUGCUUACGAUGACGAUGAUUCUCGCGAUGAUGACAAUGAUGAACAAGAUCCACAGGAUAGAACUGAUGAAUAUGAUAACGACAAUGAUAGUGUUGACAAUGAAUCUUGCGAAAAAAAAACUUAA